ACUUCCUAAAGACUGCUUUGGAUAUAUUGUGGUGCACCGUGAUAUAUUAAGUGGGCGCUCGCUGAUAUAAACAGGAAGAUUAUACUCCUACAAUGGGGUCGGGUGAUGGUGAGGGGAGAGGGUCGGGCGAUGGUCAGGGAAGGGCUGCUGGGGUAGGGACGGGUCGCGAGCUGAAGGGGAAGCAUGAACGUAUAGCAGUUCCGGCCAUGCCGAUGCCAAUGGCCAUCUUCACAUGUGUUCUCAACUUCCUUAUACCAGGAUUCGGCACGAUAGUGGCGGGGUUCACGAGCUUCUGCACGGGUUGCUCGAGGAACGAGGACAUGAGUAUAGGAAGUCGGUGCGGCAGCUGCUGGGCGGGGUUCGGUCUUGGCUUCCUGCAGCUCAUCACCACCCUACUCUGUCUCGUCGGUUGGAUCUGGUCUUGCGUCUGGGGCGUUUUCUUCAUUGGCAUGAGCAUUGAGUAUUACCACAAUAAUGAAGUAAACCCUACUCCCACAUGUGCGAUAGUCAGCCAGCCCCAGAUACUUCCUCCGGGAGCCGUGGUCGUCCACCAGGGUCCGCCACCCUCGGGAUACUACCAACAGGGAGGCGGGAUGGUGUUCAUGCCCCCGCAAAACCCCGGGGACUACAAUGAACCACCUCCUGCCUACUCUCAGGAACCUGCAUACCCGCCGCCUCCCCCGCCAAAAUACUGAAUGGUCAUUUCGGCACGCACUUUAAGACAUAUACACGUCAUGAUGCGAUUAUGAAUGAUUUUGUCUUUUGCAGCAAAACUGUGAUAAAAGUAACGUUGUUUUUUUAAAACAUAAAAUGAUUUAAGAUGUACCUAAUGGAUAGUAUGCAUUAUAGACAGUUUUUCUUGUCUUUCAAACUAUUCCAUCCGAGUCCCACACUUUGUUCACUGUAUAUGUAUGCAUUCUCUUUAAAAAAACAUUCUAUCGUUCUUUCAUUAUAAUUUAUAUUAAAAGUAUGAAAAAAGA